AUCAUACACCAAUCUUUUAGAUUUGGCAUCUGGGAACUUCCCCAUAAUGUGUCGGGAGAGGGAGCGCAGGCGGCUUCCUAGGGUAAUGACAGUCCCAGGGAAUAUUUCCGAGCUUGAUGAUGAGCAGGCUUACAGUGUUUCAUCUGAUAACCUUUAUUCACUAGCUUCAGAUAGGAUGAUUAUUGUGGCUAACCAACUACCCCUAAAAGCAAAGCGGAGACCAGAUAAUAAAGGCUGGAGUUUCAGUUGGAAUGAGGACUCACUGCUAUUACGGCUUAAGGAUGGUUUGCUGGAAGAUAUGGAAGUGUUAUAUGUGGGUUCAUUGAGCGUUAACGUUGAUCCGAUUGAACAGGAUGAUGUUGCCCAAUAUCUGUUGGACAAAUUUAAGUGCGUCCCUGCUUUUCUUCCGCCUAAUGUUUUGGACAAGUUUUAUUAUGGUUUCUGCAAGAGGCAGUUAUGGCCUCUUUUCCAUUAUAUGUUGCCAUUUUCACCAGAUCAUGGAGGCCGGUUUGAUCGUUUUAUGUGGGAAGCAUAUGUUUCUGCCAAUAAGUUGUUUUCACAAAAAGUUAUUGAGGUGCUAAAUCCUGAUGAUGAUUUUGUUUGGAUUCAUGAUUAUCAUUUAAUGGUUUUGCCCACCUUCUUGAGGAGGCGCUUCAAUCGUUUGAGAAUGGGGUUUUUCCUUCAUAGCCCGUUUCCUUCAUCUGAGGUUUACAGGACACUUCCUGUUAGAGAAGAAAUUCUGAAGGCUCUACUUAACUCAGACCUUAUUGGUUUCCACACCUUUGAUUAUGCUCGACAUUUCCUUUCUUGUUGCAGCCGAAUGUUAGGUUUGGAAUAUCAAUCUAAAAGGGGCCACAUUGGCUUGGAUUAUUAUGGUCGGACUGUCGAGAUAAAGAUUAUGCCAGUUGGGAUUCAUCUGGGUCAGAUUGAGUCAGUAAUGAAAAUGGCUGAUAAGGAGUCAAAGAUUGGGGAGCUUAGGCAGAAAUUUGAAGGGAAAAUUGUGUUGCUUGGAGUUGAUGACAUGGAUAUUUUUAAAGGCAUUAAUUUGAAACUUCUAGCAAUGGAGCAGAUGCUUAAGCAGCACCCAGAUUGGCAAGGAAGGGCUGUGCUGAUACAGAUUGCAAGUCCUGCAAGAGGUAAAGAGAUAGAUUUGGCAAAAGUACAAACAGAAAUACAGGAAAGCUGCAACAGAAUCAAUGAGAAAUUUGGGAAGCCUGGGUAUGAACCUAUAGUUUUUAUUGAUAGGCCUUUGUCAAUUAGUGAAAAGAUUGCCUAUUACAGCAUUGCAGAGUGUGUCGUCGUCUCAGCAGUUAGGGAUGGGAUGAACUUGACUCCAUAUGAGUAUAUUGUCUGUAGACAGGGAAUUCCUGAUGCAGAAACAGGUUCAGAUUUGAGUGGACCCAAGAAGAGCAUGUUAGUUGUAUCUGAAUUUAUUGGGUGUUCUCCUUCACUUAGUGGGGCGAUCCGUAUCAACCCCUGGAAUGUUGAGAUGACUGCAGAGGCAAUGAAUGAGGCUAUCUCAAUGGCUGAACCCGAGAAACUGUUGUGA